GUGACAACAUUCUAUUCUGCAGUUCCGCCCUGCUCGCAGCUAGCUUUAGUGCUGCGGAUCAAACCUUUCCAACUGUAUAUUUGGUUGGAAUCAUGCGCUCCAUUUCGGGUUUAAUUGCUGUGGUCGCCUCGGCUACUUUUUAUCUCUACCUUCUGUCUUCAUACCUCCCCCCGGGACCGCGACACUUUCGCCAGGAAAACGAAAGGGAGAAGUCCGUAGAAGACAGGGACGACUUGGUAGUCGAAGAAUACAGCCUGCGGUUCCCGUCGGACCUGGAGGAGCUGCGGGAGCUGGCCGAGCUGAUGCAGUUCUACAAGACGGAGCACACGGCCUACGUGCUGCUGCUCUUCUGCAGCGCCUACAUCUACAAGCAGUCCUUCGCCAUCCCCGGGUCCUCCUUCCUGAACAUCCUUGCGGGGGCGCUGUUUGGCCCCUGGCUGGGCUUGCUGCUCGCCUGUCUGCUCACCACCGUGGGGUCCACCUUCUGCUACUUGCUGUCUCAAGUGUUUGGGAAAAGCUACAUCGUGCGUCUCUUCCCAGAAAAGGUGGCCAUGCUGCAGGGGAAGGUGGAGGAGAACAGGAGCAGUCUGUUUUUCUUCCUGCUCUUCCUGCGGUUCUUCCCCAUGACUCCCAACUGGUUCCUGAACGUCACCGCUCCUAUUCUCAACAUCCCCAUCACCCUCUUCUUCCUCUCCGUCUUCAUUGGCCUGAUCCCGUAUAACUUCAUCUGCGUGCAUACGGGCUCCAUCCUGUCGGAGAUCUCGUCCCUGGACAACCUGUUCUCCUGGGGGACGGUGAUGCAGCUGCUGGCCAUGGCCUGUGCCGCCCUGCUACCCGGCGCGCUCAUCCGCCACUACGGCCACGCCCGCCUCCGCCUGGGGGGGGCCGAGCACAGCGGGAACGGCCUGGACAAGAAGGUCAGGUGACCGGGGCCCCCGGCUCGCCAUGGCGAUACCACGCCCACUCCCGUGCCCCCGCCCUCGCAGGCGUCACACGUAAAGGGAAAACCGUUUUUCGCUCUCUUUUUAAAUUUCAGAUUUUGUUUUUUUGUCUUAAAAACGCCAGCUCUUACAAAAAGAGGAAAAGAAAUCUUGCUGAAGAUUAUCAGCUGGCUUUCAGGCUUGAAGAGAUUCGGUGGUGUUUUUUUAAAUAAUCUUUUGUGUCAUGUAUUUAUUCUUUCAGACAAUUAUGUUUCUGUGUGGAACAGUGUGGUCGGUGGUUUUGUGUUAUGUGUUCUUUUAUUUGUGAACGGACGAUGGUUUACAUCUGAUUCUCCUGCGGCAUUUGAGCCGUAAGACUCAGGCUCCCAGCAGCCCCUUCUUCUCAAAGGGGGAGGGGUCUGCUGUGUCUUCUGGAAAAAGCUGGCGGGGGCAUGGAUAGUGAGGGGGGAGAGCUGUGGAAGGUCACCUGAGCUGUCCACAUUGAGUCCUUUAAGCUGCACACGGCAAACGACUCCUGCUCACAACAGCCUUCGCAGUGAGCACCAGCGAGAACAAAUGUGUGUGCGUGCGAGUGCAUGUCACUGUGAACUUCUGUAAACCGUAGGUUCUUUUUUCAGAUGUUCGAAUCUGUGCCCACCAUUAAUCUUAAGUGCUGUUUUUAACGUGCUGCUUUUACUACUCUACUUCGAACAGUGGAAUGUAUUUAUAAAGAAAUCUACGCUUUCCAUAAAGGAGAAAAGUGGUGUAAAAAGCAGUGUCGGCAUUUGUAUGAAAAAUUCAGCUCUCAGUGGCAGUCUGCAAGGACAGAUCACCUCUAACUAGGCAUACUAUGAAAGAACACUCAGCCUGUUCACAGAUGGCUUGGACCUGUAGGCUCCCAUAAGGCACAAUUCUGAUGGUCCUGUGUGUGUGUGUGUGUGUGUCUGUUUUAUGAGAUGUUUGCACACAGUCCACUUUAUUCACUAAUUUUGUGAACCUUAUGGUCAAACUGAUUGGACUUGUACCGUAGUCACAUCAAUACCAAGGGUUAAUUGGAUCUUAGGACACACCAAGAUGACUGAUCUUCAAGUGCCUUAUUAAAUGUCCCCAUCAACAUCUACCUACACCAGACAACUACCUCAACACAACGGGGACAGUCUUGUACAUCUCAUUCAUCAUUCACUUGGUCCUGAAACAAAGUGUUCACUAAUCUGUAUCACCAAUAUAGACAAUCAUUUAUUUGUCAGAGCAAAUCAGUUUUUUUUUCUUCUGCUGUUGGCUACAUGGCCAGAAAUGGAGUGUUUUAAUUGCACCUCACCUGUGAUUGGCAUCAGUAUCCACCAAUGGCAUGCAGAGACUGUUAUGACCUGCCCUCAUCGUCCAGUGCUGUCAGAGUCCUGCUUAGGCCAUCACUAAUUACUGUGCUGCAAUCCCUGGUCUUUCCAGGAAGCUGCAUGACAGCACCAGGAUCUAUAUUACGCGUCAUGUGCAUGAACCAUCCAUAGUGUGUGUAUGAAAAUGGGACUGAAUUCAGUUUUCAUUAUCCAGUCUGUUUUGCCAGUGUAUCCUGAUUUGUAUCAUUAUUGUGGAAAUUCUGUUUUUGUUGAUGAAAAAAACAGAGGGAGAUUUAUUUUUUGUUGAUGAUUUGAUAGAACAAUAUUCUGAAAUAUUUGCAAUUUAAAUGUAAAUUUCUCUAGCAAUUUAACUGCAUAUAGCUUGAUGAUGAUGAUUAUUAUUAUUAUUAUUAUUAUUAUUAGAUACAAUAAAAUUUUUUUACUUGUUUAAAUAUGAUCUGGUAAAAUUUGUAUGACAUCUCUAAGAAACAUUCAACAUUUAUUGCGCAAUUGAGUAUGAAUUUAUAUUUGGAAUAGUAGUAAUGACUACAUUUGUAUUAUCCAAUAUAUUUUGACCACAAAUAAAAGUGGUGGCCAUUACUUUCUCACAGAGACUUGUAUUAAAAACAUGAAUAGAUAAUCUCUUUUGGAACUGCUAUACCAGUAUUGUAAAUCAUGGGUGUGAAACUGUUUUUACAUUCAUUUGUACAUAAUAUCUGUGACAUGUUUCCUUCUGGCAGGUGCUGGGGUAAAAUGUGUUCCAUGCACAGUGACUUGUGGGGACUGUGUAACACUGCUUAGACAAUGCGAACUGUACUUUUCGCCAAACAAUGACAUGGGAUAUGUACUCUUUAUUAUUCAUGUUCCACCACUUGGCUAAGUUAUGAGAGCGCUGCCUUUUGGGUUUCAAGUUCAGUCUCUUGUAAGUGUAUUUGGAUAAAUUGCAACCCAUUGUAACUGCUUGGCAUGACAAGUGCUUAUCUGUCAACUAGCCCCGUGUCAGACAUUUACAUUGUGUGUGCUUGGUAUGUCCCAAGCAAACACUUUCACAGGCUAAUCUGAAGUAUAUCUCUGACAUUUAUGGUACAAUUUUUCUAGCAGUGGCCUGUAAUAUGGAUGACUUGUAUUUCAUCGACUUCAGGCUGUCUAGAACAGAUGGAAAAACUAUUUGGAAAUGGACCCCAGGGAAAGUGAUAUCCUUAUCAUAACCACAAGGGAAAGUUUUUGGAAAACAAAGCAUAGAUGACCUUGAAGCCAAAGUUCUCCCAUGAUGCAUCUGGCAAGGAGUCUGUGACACAUUAAAGGGUAACUUCUUUGUCUGUCCCCUUCUUACCCUUUUUUUUGUAUUUCUUUCAGUUGUGUGUGUGCAAUUGUGUUUGGAUCAUUUAUGAUUCAGUGUGAGUCGAGUGCGUGUGUCUUAAAUCUCAUCCAUGCCAAGAGUUUGCCUUGUUUGUUUUUUUUUUUGCAUCUUGCGUUUAUACUGCAGUUUACCCAGAACAAGUUUGCCUGGCAGACCUUUCUGGAUGUACAAAGUCAUGUCUUACGGAGUUUAUUUCAUAUAUAUUAAUGCUGUGUUCACUUAUAUUAGUCUUGCUUUAUUGUUCUUGAAAAAUAUCCCCUUUUUCAAAAAGCACAGUUAAUUGUCCCACCUUAAAAACAAAACCUCAGAAGGCCCGCCCUACACAGUGACUGUUGGUGCUGGUCCUCACAGGCAGAUAAAUACUCGCUGUUUAUCUGUUUGGAAAGUGUUUUCACACUAGGGACAGCAGCACAGUCAAGUAUGCACAAACAAUUAAAAAGUGGGCAAAACUAAUGUGUACAUGCUCUCAGUUCUUGCUUAUAAGCAUAGUGACCAGCAUCUGUGAAAACACCAGAAUACAUACACAUGCAUUAUAUGAAUCUAUAUGAACUGUGAAAAAUGUUUUUUUUUUUUUUUUUUUUUAAGUACAGCAUUGUUUGUAAAACAUUGUACAUUGGUUUGGUUAUGUCUCUGUACUAUUGGACUCUAAUAAAGACUGGUAAAUUUUCUUCAGAU